AGACAAAAGCAAAGUUUAUUUCUCUAAGGAAUGUAUUUUUGAGUUUUGCCACAGGUACAAAAAGUCGAAUCCAUAAACUCAACAUUAACAAUCAGACUUUAAAUAAUUCGCCUAUUUAAUGUGAAUGUUUUGGUAUAAGAGAAUUCGGUUAAUAAGAUGAAAUCGGCUCUUAAAGAUCUGGAGGCUGAUUUAAACUUAGAUAUUGGCAAGAAAUUUACCAAAUUUGAUAUAUAGACAUGAAUCUGAGAUAUGUCCUGAUCUGCAGGUCGCUCUUUUACGUCAGAACCCAGAACACACGCCGCUUUAGAGUCGGGCUUCAGUCACUGGUGUGUUGUGGAGAGAUGUUGCGGAUUCGUGCGCCUUUUGCGCACUGUCUUGCGCAAUAAAUCGAAUAGACAGUUGGAAAAAAAAAGAAAGGCGGCUUGAGAGCACAUUUUUGGUAAGUUGCGUGCUCCUCCCCCUCCACACACAAGCUGUUAACACGGAUCCUGCUAUAUUUCUAAUUUCCCAGCUCAGUGUCCUCCGUCCUAUACAUACAAAGACCGCAUCCAGCGCGCGCGGCUCAACGUUUCCUUUAUUUCCUUUCAGAAGAGGGGGAGAAAACGGAGGGUUUUUUCAGACUCGUGUGCUGCCCUGGACAUGGGAGAUCACAAAGAGCCGACCAUGGUGCAGAGGUCGAGUUCGUUUAGCAUCAAGAGCCUACUGCUCCCGUCCAAGUUUGACAGCCAGGGCGCAGGGGUCGCCGAAAAUAGCACGACUCCGGAUUCGGAAAAAUCAUCGGAACCGACGGAAAUGGACUCCACACCCCUGCAGCAGCGCGGUGAGGACGAGUCGGGACCGGAAGCGGGGCGAAAAAGCGGUAAGCACGACAAGCCGCCGUUCAGCUACAACGCGCUCAUCAUGAUGGCCAUUCGCCAAAGUGCUGAGAAGCGGCUGACGCUCAACGGCAUCUACGAAUUCAUCAUGAAGAACUUCCCGUACUACCGGGAGCACAAGCAGGGCUGGCAGAACUCCAUCCGACACAACCUCAGCCUGAAUAAGUGCUUCGUAAAAGUACCGCGACAUUACGACGACCCGGGGAAAGGGAACUACUGGAUGCUGGAUCCGUCCAGCGAUGACGUGUUUAUCGGUGGAACUACUGGGAAGCUCCGCAGGAGGUCCGCAACCUCACGGGGAAAGUUGGUGAUGAAACGAGGCCUGCGUUUCGCCCCACUCGGACUUGGAAUCGGGGAGCGCGCGGGCAACCCACUCUGCUGGCAGCUGGCUCCAUUUCUGCCCUUACCUCAUGCGCACUACACCGGGCCCACGCACGGGUUUCUGAACCAAGGACACGCGUAUGGUUCUCUGAUCCCGAGCGUGGAACCCACCACCGGCGGAGACAUCGCCCGCCACGUACUCGGACCCUGCGCCUCCGGUGGAUACAGCGCGAGCUCUGCGCCCACGGGAUUACUCUCAGCGCACAACGGCUAUUUCGUGGCUGGAGCGCAGCAGCAGGCGCUGCAUACCGGCCCCGGCUGCGUCAUCUCGAGCUCCCCGCCGCCGCUGCUCGCGGAUUCUAGGACCCCGUUACCGUCUUUCUCCUCGAGCGGCUUUUCGCAUCAUAAAAGGCUCGCGCCUCAUUCUUUCCUGAGCUGAGCGACUUCAAUCUGAUUUAAAGCCACGGCAAAGAACCGACUGUUGAAUUAAUGCGUCCAACCGGACACCAGUCAACGUUGUGAGUUUCACCUCAGCACUAACAUUUCAUUUUUAUUUAAAUUGUACAGGAAUAAUUUAAAUUUUGUAAUAUGAAAAUGUUGAAACAUGAAUAUUUAUUAAACAAAGAAUCUAUAAAUAUUCAACACAGAACCAAGUGACAUUAAAACCCCUGCAGUGUGCAAGUCUUUCCUUUUGUGUUACACAAGUACCAAGUGUUUCGAUAAUUUGUUGAUAUGUUUUUAUAUAUAUUUGAUUAUUUAGUAAUAAUGCAACAGUAACAGUAGUAUGACGUCAUGCCAAAGGCAACACACGUUUGAACACUUAUUAUUAUUAUUUACAUUUUUCUGUAAAUCACUUAUCUAUGUUGUAUAUUUUAGCUUAUUUAUUACAAAAUGAGAACAUGCAUAUAUAAUGGCUCCUUAUUUUCGUAUUAUUAUUAUUAUUAUUAUUAUUAUUAUUAUUAUUAUUAAUAAUAAUAAUAAUAAAUAUUGUGGUAUUUUACAUUUCGAUUAAACACUGUGAAUGAGCCUUGACACUCUCAGUCAGGGUUUGCAACAAACACAACCUAAACGAGAAACUCGGGUUUUCAUGCGUCCUGACAAUGAUACUUAAAUUAAAUGAUGCGCAAACCAUUUGAUUUCAAAUUGAUUUCACAGUAUUUCAUAUUAGGAUCAAUUCAUUUGAUCAUGGCAGGGAUAGACCUACUCAAAAAUCCACUAUUUUUUUUACACAAAAAAAUAGUAUUGCAUAUUUGUAAAUGUGAUUAUUUUCGGUAUGCAUACAAUAUAUUGAACAUUUAAAUAAAAGAAGAUUUGCAUUAGACAUUAAUUUAUUAACGAUCCAAUUCAGGUUUCCAGGCGAUUUGAACACAAGUAAAAUGUUUGAUUACUGACAUUUUUUAUAUUGGCCUUUUUUUUUUUUUACUUCUGUGAUCCAAUCACAUAACUAUUAACCACCAUUUCUGUUCUGUAUUUUACAUAAUGGCUUUUCAAAUCUUUUAUUCUUACAUUUCAGUUUGCAUUUCUACCAGUUGGUUGAUUUUGUUGAUCAUUUGUUCCUGUAUAUACAGACGUGGUUCAGAAUUAAAAAAUAAAGUAUUGUACUAUUUCCUUA